AUGGUGGGAGCUGAAGAAGAUUGGUCUUUUAAGGUAAUCGUAUCGCUGAGUUUGCUUGGCGCUUCAUUGUUGUUCGGACAAAUCUAUAUUGGGUUAGUGCUGAAACCCAAAAGGGCACGAUCCAGGCUUGAAAAACAGGGGAUCAGAGGGCCGUCACCGGUUUUUCUCUAUGGAAACAUCCCUGAAAUCACUAGGAUUCAUAUCCAAGCUGCGGCGGCGGAAGAAACAGCCGGAGCCGGAGGAGAAAAUCUGUCUCAUGCUUGGCCGGCUAAAGUAUUCCCGCAUUUACAACAGUGGCGAAAUCAAUACGGACCAAUAUUCGUGUAUUCGAGUGGAAACAUUCAGACACUUUGCAUAAUGGAUCCAGAAAUGGUGAAAGAACUGAGCACUUGCACCUCUUUGAAUUUGGGAAAGCCUGCUUAUCUAUCAAAAGAUCGUGGACCUCUCUUAGGUCAAGGAAUUUUAUCGUCAAACGGCGCUUACUGGGCAUUCCAACGAAAAAUUAUCGCUCCAGAAUUCUACCUCGACAAAGUGAAGGGGUUGACAAGCCUAAUGUUCGAUUCCACCUCCACAAUCAUACGAUCUUGGGAGAGCAAGAUGAAUGGUGAACGAGCAGGGGUGGAAAUAUCAGUGGAUGAGGAUAUGAGAAACCUGUCGGCUGACAUAAUCUCUAGAGGUUGUUUUGGCAGCAGUUACUCCCAGGGGAAAGAAAUAUUCUUAAAACUCCACGCUCUUCAACAGGUUAUGUCAAAAGGGAACAUCGGAGUUCCUGGAUCAAGGUUUAUCCCAACCAAGACUAACAGAGAUAUGUGGAGAUUGAAGGAAGAGAUAGACACCAUGAUCUUAAACGUCAUAAAAGCGCGAAGGGAAACUCAGCAUGAUAAAGACCUUCUACAACUGAUUCUUGAUGCAGCUAAUAAUGAUGGAAACAAUAAUUUCCUACCAAAUGAUGUUGCAGCAAGCUGGUUCAUUAUUGACAAUUGCAAGAACAUAUACUUUGCAGGUCAUGAAACAACUGCCAUCUCAUUAUCUUGGUGCUUGGUGCUAUUGGCUGCCUAUCCAGACUGGCAAGCUCUUGUGCGUGAAGAAGUGCUUGAAAUUUGUGGCGACAACCCUCCAGAUGUAGAUAAGGUUCGGAUGAUGAAACUGCUAAACCAGGUUAUUCUAGAAACUCUGCGUCUUUAUCCACCAGCAGUUUUUGUGGGUAGAGAAGCUCUUCAAGACAUAAGUCUUAAAGGCAUAGAGAUUCCGAAAGGCACAUACAUUCAGAUUCCGAUAUCAUUUUUACACCAACAUGGUGAGAUAUGGGGACGUGACGUGCACAAGUUCAACCCGGGAAGGUUUGAACAUGGAAUAUCAAGAGCCUGCAAAACUCCACAGGCAUAUAUGCCCUUUGGCGUGGGGACUCGUAACUGUCUAGGCCAACACUUUGCAAUGAUGGAACUGAAAGUGAUACUGUCCGCAUUUCUUUCGCGGUUCAGUUUCUCAUUGUCACCAGCGUAUCAACAUUCCCCUGCCUUUCAACUAGUCAUAAAGCCUCAGUAUGGGGUUAAGCUUCAUGUGAGAGCUCUAGAAUGA